AUUUAGAAACACGCACGUGUCCUGUUUUGACCGGCAAGUUAGCGACAAUUUCAUCAUCCAAGUGUUUCGUCAAUAUUUCAAGGCGUGUACACGACACAUCCUUCAGUUUUAUGCAAUUCCUAUCCUAUAUUAUCACAACCUGUGUGACAACUAUCAUUUGUAAGCUGGUAGUCUGAUGGCAGAAAUAGCAUCACAAGUAGACAAGAUGAGUCUAGCUGAAAUCUACACAUCUGAAAAGACUGGUUCUGAUGAAACAGGAGAUGGGACCGAAGGCAAGCCUCUGAAAACUGUCCUUCAGGCCAUGCGGAAGGCCGGGAAAGAACCAUUCCCAACUAUAUAUGUUGAUGGCAAAGAAGGACCUGAGGCCACACUGAAAUAUGAAGUUGUGUCCAAGUCCCAGGUGAAGAAGAUCCAGAAGAUCUGGCAGAGAGAGCAGCACAAGCAGGCGGAUAAGUCAGAGAGAGACGCUGCUGAUGCUCAGAGGAGAGACAUUAACCUGGAGGAAGCUAGGAAGGUUGUGCUAGAGAUGGACAAGUCAUUGCCAGAGCCAAAGCAGAUAAAAAUCAGGAGCUCUGUUGCAAGUCGUAACAUGAGAGUAAAGAUAUUUGGCUGGGUCCAUCGGCUAAGGCGCCAAGGAAAGAACCUGAUGUUUGUUGUUCUCCGUGACGGAAGUGGAUUUGUUCAGUGUGUGAUGAAUGACAAACAGUGUCAGACGUACGAUGCCUUGACGCUGUCCACGGAGGCUGCCAUUGCUGUUUAUGGUGUCAUCAAGGAGCUUCCUGAAGGGAAGACGGCCCCGGAUAACCAUGAGCUGUCUGUUGACUUCUGGGAACUGGUGGGAGGGUCUCCCCCAGGGGGCGCUGACAACUUGCUCAACGAGGAAGCACAUGUUGACGUGCAGCUGGACAACAGACACAUGAUGAUUAGGGGAGAAAAUACAUCCAAGGUUUUGAAAAUGAGAUCGGUUGUCAUGCAGUGCUUCAGAGAUCACUUUAUGGACCGGGGCUAUUUCGAGGUGACCCCGCCCACUCUUGUACAGACUCAGGUGGAGGGAGGGGCAACAUUGUUCAAACUGGACUUCUUUGGAGAGGAGGCCUUCCUGACCCAGAGUUCCCAGCUGUACCUGGAGACGUGUCUGCCGUCGCUAGGAGACGUGUUCUGUAUCGCUCAGUCCUACAGGGCAGAGAAGUCCAGGACAAGGAGACACUUGGCAGAAUACACCCAUGUGGAGGCCGAGUGCAGUUUUUUAGACUUUGAUGGUCUGUUAGAUCGUCUGGAGGACCUUGUGUGUGAUGUGGUGGAUCGUGUACUUAAAACACCAUACGGAGAGAUUGUCUACGAACUUAACCCUGACUUCAAACCACCAAAAAGGCCAUUCCGUAGAAUGCAGUACACAGAUGCCAUUGUCUAUCUUAAAGAAAAUAACAUUACUAAGGAAGAUGGGACUUUCUAUGAAUUUGGAGAGGAUAUCCCAGAAGCCCCCGAAAGGAAGAUGACCGAUAAGAUUAACGAGCCGAUGUUCUUGUGUCGCUUCCCUGCUGAAAUCAAGUCAUUCUAUAUGCAGAGAACUGAAAGUGAUCGCAGGCUAACAGACUCUGUUGACAUGCUGAUGCCGAAUGUUGGCGAGAUUAUUGGAGGCUCGAUGAGGAUCUGGCACCAUGAGGAGAUGGAGGAAGGCUUCAAGAGAGAAGGCAUCGACACCAAGCCUUACUACUGGUACAUUGACCAGAGAAAGUUUGGGACAUGCCCCCAUGGCGGGUAUGGCCUCGGCCUGGAACGUUUCCUGUGUUGGAUGCUCAACAGAUACCACAUCCGUGAAGUCUGCCUGUACCCACGCUUCCUGGAGCGCUGUAAGCCUUGAGUCACUGGCUGGCGUGUACAGAACUCAAGUCUCUACCUAACUCAAAUAAAAGACCAUGAAAACGUCUGUUUACUUUUGAAUAUGCUUAAUUAUUUGUUUAGAUGCAGUGAUUUAACUGAAAUACUGCUCAAAGCAAUAUUAAUUCUGACUCAUUCAUAUGUUUAGGUUAAGACUAAUUUAUAUUUAAUGUUAGUCUAGAUACAGUUGUGCCAAAGGUUUCUAACUGUAGCAUUGUUCUGCUUGUUGGUACAUUGUUUUACAUAUUUAUUAUUUUCCAAGAAAAUGCAGCGGUCAAUACUUUCUGACAUCAGACAAAACAUGUCUGCUUUUCAUCUCUUGUGCCCAGGGGUCUUAUUGAAGAGUAUGUGCAAGUCCUCUGUGACCCCACUAUUAUUGUCUUCACUUGUGAGUAAAUAUCUGGCACUUGUCACUUAUUGAAGAGUCCUGUGACUCCACUAUUUUUGUCUUCACUUGUGAGUAAAUAUCUGGCACUUGUCACUGGAGAUUUGGUGCAAACACAUCUUAAUGAAAAUGUACUGUUAGUGGUGUGUUCAUUAUUGUAGCAUACCAAAAUAUAUUCUGCAACAUUCUGCAGAGAAGCUUCUUCCUAAGAUAUGCCUAUCAUACGUGUUUUUGUUUUUGUUUUGUGUUUAACGCCUCACUCACCAAUAUUCCAGCUACAUGAUGGUAUAUCAUGAUAGGCAUAGGGGCGGUAGGGUAGCCUAGAGGUACAAGUGUUUGCUCGUCACACCGACGACCCGGGUUUCGAUUCUCGACAUGGGUACAAUGUGAAGCCCGUUUUUGGUUCACCCACUGUGAUAUUGCUGGAAUAUUACUAAAAGCAGCAUAAAACAAUACUCACUUGUUGAUAAGCAUAAGUAGCUCCAACUAUCCUAAUCUGGAAAGGCCACAUUGCCAUGGGCAUUUCACUGGAUUGUCUGGUCCUGGUCCAGACUUUACAUACCGCCAUCACAUAGAUGGAAAUACUGAUGAGUGUGGUGUAAAACAACUAACAGUAUACUGAAGAAGUAGGUUAUGGUUGUCCGGCUGACUCAAGUAGUGAUGUGGUUGUGGCAGAUGGUGUAUUAUUGGAGCUACAUUUAUAAACCGUUAGAUUAUGGUGUUUGGGGAACUACAAGACUAGUUAUACAAGAUCAUGUUGGGAAUAAAUUGUGUUUCUGAAUGUGUUUAUCAAUUAAGAAGAUGAGGUCUUUGAAUGGCCUUUAGAAGUGAUACACAUAAGGAAGGGAAUUUAUGGGUGUCAACUUCUUUUUUAUGAGGAACACAAUAUUUUGGAGUAUAUACUUACUCCUUCAUCAUUCAUGAAAUGUUCCUCAUAAUAAUAAAAGUUUACAUCCAUAAAUUCUCUUCCCCAUUGAGAAGAUGUUCAUCACUAGUGACAGUGACAGUGACGUUACAUUUGGCAUAUGUGUGGAGUGUCAUUGACCAGAUAUACCAUGGGUUACAUUGGACCAGUUUUUCAAAGAACAAUUAAAUGCAAUGCAGAUGUUGACGGGUUAUCUGUAUAAAUUGUCCUGCUUUUUUUCCAAAACCAAGAAUCUCUAUCAUAGACAGAACUCACUUCCUUGGUUAAGAUUCCAAAACAUUGUGUUGUUUGUCAUUACUGUUGAUCAUAAAGCCCCGAUUUGGACCAUGAAUUGCUCCUCAAGAUGGUUUUCCUUGAUCCAUUAACCAAGAACAAUUGAACAGUGAGAUUACUGAAGUAUGCUGUCUUGUCGAUAUUAUGUCCUGCAUUUCUAAAAGGUUCUUUGUACAUUGAAUGUUAAUGCAUACAAACGUCUCUUUGUUAUGGCUCCCGAGAUGCAAUGCUUGAUACAAGAGGAUGUUGAGCAAAGAUGAAAUGUGUUCAACAUGCUUACUUCACCAUUUUAUUUAUUUCACAUGAUCUUUGAUGUACUGAAAGUGACAUAUCUUUGCUGCAAUAUUGAAUAAAUUGCUUUACACAAA